CCCGAGAGGCUGUGGCGCUUCGAGGUUCCGGGAGGGGGCGCCAGAGGCCGGGCCCGGAAGAAGGUUCCCCUCCUGAUCUGUGCUUAACCACUUAAUGUUGUUUUUUCUGGAUAGAAUUUUAUAAUUUGCUUUUUAAAAUUGAUUGGCUAGUCUUUAGUUGACAGUGUUUGGGGAUUCCUUUUGUAAUUUUUUUCUUCGUUAAAUAUAAUAUUUUAUGGUAUGUAAACGCUAAACGAAAGGCUGCUUGAAGGGAUAUUGUGAUUAUUUAGUAAGAAUAAUUUCACCUGUUUUAUUUGUUGAUUGGGUUUAUUUUGUGAGAGGACCCCUCUUACCCGAGUAGUGUAAGCCCUUUCCCUCUCCCGGAUCCCAGAGCUUCUGCUACUUUCCUUGUAGUCUAAAUCCCAGCAUCCUUCAGUUUUUGGCAAAAGCUUCUUCUGUUUCAGGAAGCCUCUGACCAUUUUUUAAUCCCAUAUAUUUUGAAGACGAAGUGCCAGGGCUUAUUUGGGGAAUUGAUGUUCUUUGGUUUCAAAAAGCACAGAGACUAGGGAAGGAGACAGAAAAACAGUAACAACAGAGGAUAAACACUUACCCCAGGGACCUGCAGGGCCCGUGGGAACUCAGGAAGCUCCUAACCUAGCAGCGUGGAUGGGAGGGGGGCCUGCUGAGACCAUUUCUGUACCACAUGAGCCUUGAGUCCCCAGCUAACCUGGGCACUUAGAGGAGGGUGGGUCUGCCAGCAUGAGAAGCACUUUGGCCUGCUCUUUGCCCAGAGAUGAAAUGUGGCAACUGUGGUGAGAUUUCAGAGAAGUGGCAAUACAUUCGGCUGAUGGACAGUGUGGCCCUGAAGGGAGGCCGGGGCAGCGCCUCCAUGGUCCAGAAGUGCAAGCUGUGCGCGCGGGAGAACUCCAUCGAGAUUUUGAGCAGCACCAUCAGAUCUUACAACGUUGAAGACAAUGAGAAGUUCAAGACGAUAGUAGAGUUUGAGUGCCGGGGCCUUGAACCAGUUGACUUCCAGCCCCAGAUGUGCUGUGAGAAGAGCCAGUUCCCUGGUCAGGCUCACGUGCCAGCCCAGGGCCUCCUUCCCCUCGGACUCACUGCCUUCCUGUCCCUUGCAGGCUGGGUUUGCUGCGGAGGGUGUAGAAUCGCGGACAGUCUUCAGCGACAUUAAUCUGCAGGAGAAGGACUGGACCGACUAUGACGAAAAGGCGCAGGAGUCUGUGGGAAUUUACGAGGUCACCCACCAGUUUGUCAAGUGCUGAGCCCUCUUCCUGCACACUUGCCUCUAAGAGCUGAGAAGGGACAACCAAGCAGCAGAGCCCCCUGAGGCUGGUCCCCUCCUCCCUUGUCUCCUGGCAGCUGUCCGAGCCCUCACAGGCUGCAUGCCGGGCUGUCGGUUUCCCAAGCCCCACCAAUAAAGCGUUUGUGCUGUACUCAUGCACUGAGGCAGAGUCAGGUAGCAGCCACUCCCUCCACAAGUAAGAAUCCUAUUAGAGGUCCUUCACUGUUUCCCAAUACCUUCCUACAAUAUAGAAUCUUACACCAGACUACUUUGCAAACUGUGCGGCAGCACACAGCUUCUAAGGGCUCUUUAGCUCAUGAGGAGUGGGCAUUUUCAACCCAGAAAACCAACGGUGUCAAGGCCAAGGGUAUGAAAUGCAGCUGAGCCUAUAGAAUGAUACCAUGAGCCAAAUAAUCCUGAGCCAAAACACUGCAUUGAUUAGCGUGGCUUUUCAGUAAAUGGAGGCAUCUCUGUCAGCUGGUGUCACUUCAUAUUCUGGGGAUAAAAGGGACUGUAGAGGUCAGCAAUCCAUCCUGCAAGAUUCUGCUCUCAAAUUCUAGCCAGGUGGCCAUUAGGUCUUGGCUCACCUGCUGUGACGGGGCUAUCUCCUCCCAUCACGGAAGUCAGUAUGAAAGUUCUUAUAUUGAGUCAGCAUCUGUGCCCCGGUAGCUGCUGGUCCUGGUUUGUCCUCUCUGUGGUCACACUCCUGUGUGCUGCCCCCUAGGCAGCCUGUGGAGGUGCGAGAGCCCCUCCCCGGGGGACAGCUGUUUAAUGAGUUAGGUCCCGAGGCAUGCUCGUGCCUUCCCACCAGUGAGCCCAUUUGGAAAAUGUUACAAGUGACCUAUUUAUCCAGUGUUCUGCUGGAGCCAGGAAUUCUUUGGAAGUAAAAUUAAUAUCCUCAUGUCUGCAUGGCCCACUGGGAAGGGGUCUGCUCACUCCCAGGCUGCUUGUGGGCAUCCUCCAAUUUAAGGUGGCCGUGUCCAAGAGGUGACGAGUUGCCUACCUUGUCCCCUCUCUAGUCGGCAGCUACUUCUUUAGUCUAGGUCGAACAUGCCUGGUUCCCUCUGGGCCUCUUCCUUGUUCCUGACAACAGCAUUUCUCCAGCUCUCAGCCAGCAGGCCUUCCAGCCCCCAUCCACUGGUCCAGUCCGCUGCCCAGCCUGAAAGCAAAUAGGUGGAGGUAACAGGCUGGGUAAGCAGCCUUUCUAGUUUUCAGUGUCUAUACCAGCCAGUGUGUUAAGCUCAUAAAGACAAACACUAAAAGGAUCAAUAGUUUUUGUACUUUAAAUUGCCUCUCAUCUUUUAGGAGGUAAAAGAAUUCAAAAAAUCAUUAAUUAAAAGGGAAAAUAAAGUAGAUUAUGUCAGUAGAUGCAGCAAUUAAAUUUUAUUUCUGCUUCAACAAUAAA